AUAUAUAUUAACAAAAAAUUCGAGGACGAUCCUUUAAAUCCUUCUUUGCUGUUAUGACAUUGGCUCUAAUUGUUCUUAUAGAAGAAGGGAGUCCAGAACACCAUAUUAUAUAGUUGCAGAUUGGAGACAUGGGUUCAAGAGUUAUUCAGCAUUUCGCCUUCUUCCUCUUGUAUCUUGUUCUCAGCUCAGGUUCAAUUGUUGCAGAGAAACCUCCUCCAGAAGCAGUUCAGGAAAAUGAGCUUGUGGGCAGUCGAGAGAACCAGAUAUUCUUCUCAUCUUCAGUGUCGACUACCCAGUUGGAUACAAGUCCUGGAACAAUUCCUGUUGUCAACCCAACAACCCCAGGUACCUAUCCUGGGGUGAACCCAACCCCGCCCACACCAAUCAUAACUGGGCCAAGUAUAACACCUCCAAGCCCAACGACAAUGACCCCACCAACCACAACACCUCCAAGCCCAACGACAAUGACCCCGCCAACGACGACGACUCCGGCUUCAUCAGGUGGCUCAUGGUGUAUUGCAAGCCCAAAUGCUUCACCAACUGCAUUACAGGUUGCUCUUGACUAUGCUUGUGGCUAUGGUGGUGCAGACUGUUCAGCAGUUCAACAAGGUGCAAGCUGUUACGAUCCAAAUACACUUCGUGAUCAUGCUUCUUAUGCAUUCAAUGACUAUUAUCAGAAGCACCCAGGGUCAACUAGCUGUGUUUUUGGAGGGACAGCACAACUUACCAACACUGACCCAAGUAGUGGGAACUGUCACUAUUCAUCAUCCUCCACAACAUCAUCUAUAACACCACCAUCUGUAACUGCACCCCAGCCACCAAGCAUGAGUUCACCAGCUAUCCCAACUUCCACAAUGACCCCCCCAUUCACAAGCACACCUGGUGGACAGACAGUUUAUGGCGUGCCAGAACCAACAGGACUUCCCAGCUCAGCCAUCAAUGUUUCAUUUGGUUAUCUCCUACUCACAACUUGUCUGGUGGGAUCGCUUUUACCAUUAAAUUAUCUCUAAGAAGACGGAAAUCAAGUCCGUGCACUUUCCAUGAGGAGAUAGCUAUUUCUAUGCUACUGCAGCAAAAUACAAAGACAUCUUUUCGGCAUGGAGAAUCAUCAAUGAGAUGUUUUCUCCAGGCUUUAUACUCAUCCUAAGAUCUAUUGCUAUACUUCAUCUAUGUAGGCAUAUUAGUUGACGGGGAAUCAAGGAGGAAAUGAAGCAGAGAAUAGAAUCUGUUAGGUUCUUGUACUUGUAAACACAUCAAAAUAGUAACUUCCUUUUGCAGUGUAGUAGAAUAAAUUAUUAUAUGCUUUAGUAACUCCUCUUUCCAGGGAAGAAGCAUUUAGUUGGAAUUAAUGGGUUCAUUAA